AUGGAAGAUUGUUACAAAAACAGUUUCAGAAGAUCUUCAGUGCUGGAAAGAAUCUACCAGAGGCAAAACCAAAAACUGCUCUUGGGAGUCGUUAGUACUGGCACACCACAGCAGGGAGCUGCUACUUCCAACACACCUGUAGCAAGGGAAAGACUGGAACACAUAGGCUCUGGAAUAGGUGGAACCCUUUUGGCGAAGAAACGCUUGUCGGGUGCCGCUAAGCGGCAGUUACAACAGGCAAAAGCUGGGACAGGCAAACAGGACCUGGGAGCCGUCAGCAACCGGGAACUGCAAGCUCAUCCAAGCAGGGAGAAACCACCACUGACAACUUUAAGAGGCCAAGGAAGGGAGACGCUGAAUGAAUUUUUUAGAGUUCACUUUCCUGAUUCAAAAUUGGUUGACAAGUUGGGCAAUGGACAGGGUCAGGAGAACCUGGACACUUGCCAAAGCAAGAUGGACAGGGUAGACUGGGACCUGGCCAAAGACUUGUCCGCCGAUGACUGGGACCUGAUCGACCGCAUCACCAGUGAGAAGGCUUUACGCAUCGCUGAUGACGUAAUAGCCAGGCACUGCAAGAAGUUUCAACGGUUGCAUGAGGCCCAGCACCCACCCGGCCCACCUGACAGCAAGAAGACAGUGGUCAACUUGAGUGUCAACUUGAGUGAUGUGCCAUUGGAUGAAGCGGCUUUCUCGGCCCUAAGCAAAGGCCUCAAUUUUGCUGUGGCUCCGAAGUCCGUUCCCGUCAAGGAUAUCCUGUGCGGGGUGGAGAAAGUGAUAGUGGCCCUGCCUGUAGAGACUGCGGGAGAUCCGACAGGAGACGUCCUUCCGGCUGACAAGGGUAAUGCGGCAGUUGUGCUGGAUACUUUCGACUACAACCGGAAGAUUGCCACUGUCUUGGAGGAUAAGGCUUACAGGAAGUUGAAGAAGGAUCCUACUGAUGCCACAGAGUGGAAGACUGUCCUUCUUCUGAAAAAGUCCCCGAUUGCUGAGGAGGUCUGCCAACAGCUACGACCUCAAGGUUCCAGGCCACCUAGACUCUACGGGUUGCCAAAAAUCCACAAGCUUGACGUUCCUCUAAGGCACAUUGUGAGCACCAUUGGCUCUCCCACCAAUCGCCUGGCCAAACACUUGGCUGGCCUACUGAGGACAUACACUGGCAACGGUCCAGGCCACGUGAGGAACUCCAUGGAAUUUGUCCACACAUUGGACUCUCUCCAUGUUGAUCCCCACAACAUAAUGGUCAGUUUCGAUGUAGUGUCACUCUUCACCAGGGUGGCAAUAAAAGAUACGAUGGAUCUGCUAGGACGACAUUUCGAAGAAAACAUCUUGAGACUCUUCCGCCAUGUCCUGACCACCUCAUACUUCACCUUCAAUGGCCAGUUCUAUGAACAAACCGAUGGUGUGGCGAUGGGCUCGCCACUCUCUCCGGUCAUCUCUAACCUCUAUAUGGAGGACUUCGAGGAGAGGGCACUUGACAUCGACCCACACAAGCCCUGCUGCUGGUUUCGCUACGUGGACGACACCUUCGUCAUCUGGUCACACGGUCCCGACAAGCUCCAGGACUUCCUGAACCACCUAAAUAGUAUCCAGGAGUGCAUCCAGUUCACAAUGGAAACUGAAACUGAAGGCCAUCUACCCUUCCUGGAUAUAGAUAUUUACAGGAGAUCCGACGGUUCCCUGGGCCAUAGAGUGUACCGCAAAACCACCCAUACUAACCUGUACCUUAACGCUGCGUCCCACCACCACCCUUCCAACAA